GGUGUUAAUCAACAGGACAUAGGAGAUAAGAUUACCCUGGCCUACUCCUUGCCGUGAAUUCCGAAUAGAGAAGGCUUUCAAAAUGUCUUCCUUUUUAAUUGUUACAGUCCUUCUUGUUGGCGUCUCAUGCCAACACCAUAAUCACAACAGCCAUGAAAUCUACACUAACGUAAUUGGAGAUGUCUGGCUGAGCUCGGAUGCUAAUGGCGACGGCAUCUUUGAAAGAUAUGAGUUGACCGGUGUCUUUGCUCACUACGAUGACAAUGGUGAUCACAUUAUCACCCACCACGAAUACAUGGACUCCGUCCCCUCUCACUCCCCUCUCAAGGAGUACACCCAUGCUGUCUUCAAGGAGUUCGACGCUAACGACGACAACAGACAUCGAUACUGGACCCACGGUAAGAAAUACGGACAUCGAUAUCGUCUUUCUUUUAAAAAUGGAUCUCGACGAUAACAAAGAAGUCUCAAAGACGGAAUUUACAGCCUUUUGGAUGGACAUUUUGACGAAGACAGCUCACCUUCACGGCCACGGCCUCCACUUGGGUCACCAUCACUAGAUCACGUGAUCACUUGCAGUAAUAACUGCUCAACGGAAUCAUUCAAUAAAAUAUAGCAACAACGUUA